CUCUCGCUCUCGCUCGCUCUCUCUCGCUCUCACUCUCUCGCCUCUUCUGAACUCUGCUGGGCAUCAUUGCGCGUCAAAACAUUGCGUCCCUGCAGGACUUACCAAGGCCGAGAGAAGAGGAACAUUUUCCUGGGAAAGAAUGCGAAAGAGGGUUUAGGAUUGGCACUGCCAAGAAGAAAACGAGGAGGUGCGACAUUUUCUAAGAUACGUGGAGAUCCGUUUAUUUCUUCCCUUCAAAGGUGUUCGCCUCCCAACCCACCGCCCACCACGGCCCUCACCUGUGUGUUGCGGUGCUUCCCUUGUGAGCCGACCUGGGCUGGCAGUCCCUUCUUGCACCGCCCGCCGACUCCGCCCAUGGUCAGAAUGACGCGCUCCAAGACCUUCCAGGCGUACCUGCCGAGCUGCCACCGAACGUACAGCUGCAUCCACUGCCGAGCUCAUCUGGCCAAUCACGAUGAGCUUAUCUCCAAGUCCUUCCAGGGCAGCCAAGGCAGAGCCUACCUGUUCAACUCAGUGGUGAACGUUGGGUGUGGCCCUGCAGAGGAGAGAGUUCUGCUCACAGGCCUGCAUGCUGUCGCAGAUAUCUACUGUGAGAACUGCAAGACCACCCUGGGCUGGAAAUACGAACAUGCCUUUGAGAGCAGUCAGAAGUAUAAAGAGGGCAAGUUCAUCAUCGAGCUGGCCCACAUGAUCAAGGACAACGGCUGGGACUGAGGGACAAGCAGCCGGGACACGACCGCAGCAGAGGAGAGGGAGGGGGGAGGGGGCUGGAUGGACAAAUGGAUGGGAGAGAUGGGGGUCGUGUGUGGUGGGUGAGUGUGUGACUUUGGUUUGGCUGAUUUACAAUUAACCCUGUGUAACUCUCUGCUCAUCCCUCCCUACCAUGCCUCUUGAUGUACACACACAAACACACACAUUCAUCAAGGUCCCAGACAUCCCAGCUUGACAGAGAGACAGACUAGGCAGGCUUUUGCACAGCUAGCAGGUCUAGAUAACUGGCCAGCAAGAUGUCUCAUUUUCACAUUUGUUUUUAAAACUGAAACAUGAUUGAAUAGCUCUUCAAAGAGUGGAAACACUCCCUCUAUACCUGCUAGAAGACAUCUUCAUUGUGUGAAGUAUUUCACCUUGUCUAACAGUAAUGAUUAAACCAGUUGUUUACGGGUCAUUCAGUGGAAAUCUAGCCAGAAGGAAGGCGGUUAGGCCGGCCUGGCGGGGUUCAUUGGCCUUGGUUGAAGAGCUGACGGGCAUUCUCUCUGUCCACAGCUUGAAUCAGAUGACCUAAGAUGAUUAUAGCAAAUCCAGCUGAUCGGGGCCAUGCCAGCUGGGCCAGUGAUGAGGCCUGGCUCUGAGGCUUGGCACAGAGGCCUGAGCACAUGGGCGUUGGGUUGUGGCGCAGGGCUGGGGUGAUUGCCGCCCACCAAGCCGCUCUCUCAACAUGGUGGGGAGGGGAAAAUCCUGAUCCAGUUAUGCAGUGGCUUUGAUGGCUUCUGGCUGGGAUUCACUCCAUGUCUUGCCAGUGAUGCAGCUCAUGACGGGCCAAGAGUGAAAGAGAUACAGACAGACAACCACCGGCUUGUCCUAAAACCUCACAGGAAUUUGCCCUCGCAGCAACAAAGCAGCUCCCCUUGGUUUUAUUCAUGCUUUAAUACAACAAGUCGUGUAUAGGGAUCUCCUGAUACGUCCCGUGUAUGUUUGGUGUUGGACGCAUCGCUGCAUCCAUCUUUGUUACUUGUCCAGGUAGAAUUACACAGCAUAAGCAUGUGUCAGGUGAAAAACUUUGGCUGGGAUUCCCAAAGGUUUGCAAGCACUGCAAAAACAUAUUUAUGCUGUUGGAGGGGGAUGAACUAAGGUGAAGAAGCUCUGCAGGCCUUGGGAAGGCUGGGGGAGGCUAGUGAUCAGUGAGAUACAAACACAACCCCUGCUGAUCAGUGAGAUACAAACACAACGCCUGCUGAUCAGUGAGAUAUCAACACAUCCCCUGCUAUCAUGCAAAUAACAGUGUAAUUUGUGGCCAGACUGCAAGGCCGCGUUUCAUGGGCCAAGGGAAAAUGCAAAUAGUAAAUAAAUUCAUACGGAAAGUAAAUGAUUACUUUCACUGAAGUUACGAUGUUUAUACAUACCACAGAGGUGUGUACUGUAGAUGCAUAUGUUUAAAAGGUAUCACUCUUAGGCUCUCUUUCAGUCUGGGAUGACUGCUGUUUAACUGCUGUUACACUGAUCUUCACUAACUGGCCCUCAUGAAACAUAACAAAACUACUGGACAACGUUAUGAAGAAAUGCACUAGAUAGACCAACUUGCCUAUUCUUUUGUUCCUUAAUCCACCAACACAUGAUCUUUUUAAGUUUUGGAUCAUUUCACCUCAGUUUGCUAAAAUAUUCCUAACGCAUCAUGGGCCUUUGAGUUAUGACACCUGGGUCAAAUUUGAGGUAACAUUAAUGGGAAGCAUUGCUCAGGUACCUUCAUUCUACCUUUUCUUUGCUAAGGCCAGAAUCCUACUUAAUGUGCUGGAUGUGUUAUUAUUCUCUGAUGGAAAUGUAUUAUUUUCAAAUGAGAGAAUCCAUUCCAUGGAUAUGCAACAUGAAUGCAUGCAUGAAGUAAAACAAGUGUUCUGACCAGUUUUGUGCUCGGUCCUCGUCACAUUUUUGUGAAAAGAACAUUUUGUGUAUACUAGAGUUGCAAUGAAACCUUGUGCUGUAAUACAUCUAAUCAAUUUCACCCCAGUUAAUUUAAGCUGCAAGAUCCGUCGUCUUUAGAUUAAAUGUGAUCAUGGUUUAGAAAAGUAAAAUGAGUUGCCCCGUUCGUCACAAAGUUUCUCCAUGCGAACAUUGCUGUAGUCGUUGCCCAAUAUAUGGUGAGUGCUGUUCAAGACUCUCCAGUUACAACCAAACCUAAACAGAUAACUCUCUUCAGUAAAACUCAGCAAGUGAGUGCUGAGUUGAAGGCUGCGACAUAAAACCCUGCACAACCAAAGAACCCACCCAUCAAUGAUAAAUUGACCAAACAAAAGAUCUAAUUUUGCUUUGUCAAGUGUUGCAAAACACGAGGGUGUGUACAGCUGAAAGCCAAGGUUGUGGAUAGCCUUUCUCUGUGAUAUAAUGAAUUAUGAUUUUGUAAACAAAAGAUUAAUAUAUAAAUAUAUUAUAUUUACUGUAUUCACCAUGAGGAUUACCAUUCAUGUCAACCUCUGUGUUACAGACUGUAAAUAGUGUUAAUGUAUUGUGUUUUAUCUAUGAUCCAUACAGCGAUUAAUGAAUAUGAUUUAGGUCAUGUCAUGCUUUCUCUCUGGUACCCCACAUUUGCUGUACGAUACUACUUUUUUACUGAAAAUGUUUCAAUUUUAAUGUCUUUUGUAAAGGAGGAUGCUGAUGUUGACUAUAUAUCAUUGGAUCUUCAUCUAAUAAAAUGCACCUUGAUAUCUGU